ACCUCGACAUGUCUCAGCCAAACGACAACUUACGCCCAUUCAAGCGAAUCAAACUCGACCAUGAUAUGUCUGCUUCGACAUCGUCUAUGACGCCCUCUUCUAGUCUUCGCACUGUGCCUCCGCCGGUCUUGCUCGUCUCCUUACCCGGACUUGUGGCGCAUCCUCCUAACCAUCGUUACUAUGUUCUGUCACUCCAAAUAUCUCUGGAUGCCCUCAGGAAAUGUCUCUGUCUUUCCGCUCUUUCUCCGGAAAUCGAAUGUCGCGCUUGGACUGGAUUGGCUGAACUCGGGAUGAGGGUGAUUGCUAGUGGUUUCAGUGAAAGUGAGGACCAUCUAUGGGCUAAAGGAAUUGAGAUAGAGGUCGAUAAGGCGUUAAGCAAAGGCGCAAUUAUCGCACAGAAGCACCCAUCGCUUCGUCCGUUCAAACAUCACAUAGCUCUCCUUCAAGCUCAGUUUUCGCAUUGGCAACACAAAACCAAGUAUGCCCGUACUCAAAUCCGGAAUCUCAUAUCGUCGUUCUUGCCCACAGACCCUCCGUACAUUGUCUAUUCUGCUCACCUUGCCGCAGUUUCUCUUUUCACGAGUCCUCAAUCGUUGACCUCUUCUUCACCUUCCACUGCUCAUAUCGGACCAGUACCUCCCGCAUCUCCGUCUUCCAGAUCAAGUCCUCAAGAUAUCCAUGCCGCGCUAUCCGUUACCCAGGAUAUGGAAUCGCACGCUUUCAAACACAAGCAUCAUCAAGUAGCUUUGCUAGCACAAGUCCUUCGCCUGCGUAUCCUUGUGGCAGCUAACAUGUGGCCUGACGUUGCCGCAGCGAUACAACGGGUCGAAACCGCUCUUGGUCUUUCAUACGAGCCUUCAUCUACACCAAAGGCUCGUAAACCCUCAGCGGGAUCGUCAAAGGACGCACCGAAGCCUGAAUCUGAGACGAUGUUCAUUAUGUUUGAAGACCCUUUUGAAGCUGCUAUGGUAGUGCAUACACUCGUGAUGAGCGUCGCAUACUUUACCCAUGUGGGAACCUCCAAUGAAGCUUCUCCAAGACUAACACAUCUUCACGCCCUCCUGGAUUCAGGCGUGCUGGAUUUGUUUCCUGAUGGCCUAGUACAGAUUCCAUUACCUACAGGACCUCCGCUUAUAAUCCAGUCUACACAUCCUCGAAUAUUGUUCUUGCUUGCAUUCCUCAUCAGUAGUGCGGCGAAACGUGACGCCGUCGGUCGAAAACCGAAGCGCAAGGUUUUUGCUAUGGAAGGGUUGGCCGCUUGUGAGAAGAAAGGCGUCCCUCCACCCCUGCUUCUACCGAUAUGGUCUACUUUAGGUGAUGUGGAAGAGGUCGAACAACGGCUCGCGAGGAUCAAGGCAGACCUAAUGUGCGAACUUCUAGCGGUGUCUAUCAUGCGAAGCGAAUUCGUCGAAGCUGAGAAUACCCUCGCCCAGCUAAUAGCCCAUACCCGAAAUUACCAUAUAUUCCCACUAUUUUCCGCCCGUAUCUCUUUGCAUCACGCACACCUCGCGCAUGCACUUGGGAACAGCGCUCGAGCUCUGCAGUGUUACCAAGUUGCGAUGGAGCACUCUGAAGAAGGCGAUUUCGUUCAUGUCGCGGCCCAGGCCGGGAUUAUCUCGUUAGACCUCGCUGGGUACUCGAAUCAACUUGCAGCGGAAUCACGCUCAUCGAAAACAGAUCGCAAGGGGAAGCAGAGAGAGAUAUCGAUUGAACCAUGUGUAUCGGUCGUGACUUUCUUGAGGACGUGUAGAGGGAAAGGCGGUACUCUGGAUGCUAUAGGACAUAUUCUUGAAGCAUGUUUCUCUUCUGAAAUGCUCAAAGCCAAACAACACCUGAAGAUAGCUCUAAGCUUGGCUUCAAGUUCACAGGACAAUCAUCUGAGAGCGUUGAUCCUUGCUCUGAUUGCGUCUCAGUAUUUUUACACGGCAAGAGACCAUUGUCUGUCGACGCUUCAGACUUGCGAACAACUUGCUGCUGGGCUAGGAGUCCCCCUUCACAAAGGAGACGGUAGCGGAGGGUUUUCGGGAAACGUGCAUUUGGCAUUGUGGAUAGGGAGGCAUUUCCUAGGUGAGUUCCGAAGAAUUAUAUACUGUAAAGUUGGUAUACUGAAAAUGAUGCUAGAUAUACAUAAACAAUCUGGACAACAAGCGGAGACUCUGCAAAGAUCUCUGAAUAAUGCUAAACUGGAGGAAGCGCUGGAUGCAUUGAAGGACAGAGGACUUGCGGGUAUGCAGAGUUAGUUUGGUAGUGCUGGUUGUGCUAUAGUGGACUAUUUGUAUUGUCAACGAAAGAUAUGGAAGCACCUGCCCGCUGAGAGGAGAUAGCUCGAUAUGGGCUGGCAUCGCGUGGCGCGCGAAGAAGAGAUAUGCGAGCAUUGGAAGAUAUGUCUUUUGUUGUGGUACUUCGAGGACGUCCGCGGUGUACUCUAGGGGACUCUGGGUGUAUAACAGGUGUACGAACUUGUUGUAUUCGUUUGUAUAUUUAUUGGCGGGAUGGACAGGGUGUGGUCAGUGUACCU